AUGAGCCAGGACAAGUUCACUGUUCCUCAGAAUAAACCAUCCUCAAAGAAACCAACAGACAGGGCUCCAACACAAUCACCAACAGUAGCAUUGGCAUCAAAUGGUACAAUCAGUUCAAGAACUCCAGGUGGAAUCAAUACUGUUCAUAUAAAUGCUGCAAGAGAAAUGUUUGCCAGUACUGCAAGAGCUAGACAACCUCCUUCCUCAGUGGCAACAAAUCCAAAUUAUAUACCCAAUGCUUCAAAUAUUAUCAAAAGACAACCAUUUGAUUUUAAUGCAAUUGAACCUCCUGUGGAAACUACAGGUACUCAAUUACCAUCAACAUCAUCAACAUUUACAAAACCUGAGAUUCAAGUUCCUGCUAAAAAUCAUGAUAAAUCACAAUGUACCAAUCCACAAUGUGCUCAUUGCGGUAGAGUUAUUAUACCUUCACCAGUUGCUUCAUUCCCACUUGUAGAAACUCCAUCAAUUUCAAUUAAUGAUUGGGAAAUUUAUACAACUAAAAAACCAAUUUUAAAUGCUGAAGAAAUUGAUAUGGAAGAAUCAAGAUUAGGUAUACCUGUCCCGGAAAUGAUUUUUGGUCAUAAUAAAAUUGAAAUUAAGAAUCAAUUGAAAAAUUUUAAUAUAAGUUUUAAUACUCCAGAUGCUUUAUCAUUAGUUGAUACUACGGGUGAAAAUUUAAUUCAAGUUUCUUAUUCAAAAGAAUGGUUUAGUACAAGAGAAACUGGGACUAAUGAUAUCAAAGGAAUUGUUAAACCAUUUGAUUGGACUUAUACAACAAAUUAUAAAGGUUCUUUUACAAAUGAUUCAAUUAAAUUAAUUGAAAAUUCUGAAUUUCAAAUUCCAUUAGAUAAAUUGAAAAAACCUGAUCCAAUUUUAUUUUUCGAUGAUAUGGUUUUAUAUGAAGAUGAAUUAGGUGAUAAUGGUAUAAGUAUCCUAAGUUGUAAAAUUAGAGUUAUGCCAGAAAGAUUAUUAUUAUUAACAAGAUUUUUCUUAAGAGUUGAUAAUGUUAUAUUUAGAAUUAGAGAUACAAGAAUUUAUAUUGAUUUUAAUGAAAAUUUAAUUAUAAGAGAAUAUAAAGAACAAGAAGCUUCAUAUCAAGAUAUAAUAAGGAAAGUUAGUCCAUUAGCUGGUGAUCCAAGGUCUUUCCUUAGAGAUCAAAAUUGGAUUGCUUCAAAAUUACCAGUUGUUAAAGUUGUUGUUGAUAGUGCUAAAUUGUGA